GGGCGCAGCAGCGGGCGCGGAGGUCCGGGCGGGCGCGCGCGCCCCCGCCACACGCACGCGGGGCGUGGUAUAAAGGAGAGCAAGCGACGCGCUCUCUCCUAACUCGGUUCGGUGCUUUGGAUCCGUUUCCAUCGGUCUUAACAGCUGCUCGUCAGACCCUAGCAGCCAAGAUGGUCAAGCAGAUCGACAGCAAGGAUGCUUUUCAGGAAGCCUUGGAUGCCGCAGGUGAUAAACUUGUAGUAGUUGACUUUUCAGCCACGUGGUGUGGACCUUGCAAAAUGAUCAAGCCUUUUUUUCAUUCCCUCUCUGAAAAAUAUUCCAAUGUGGUAUUCCUUGAAGUAGAUGUGGAUGACUGUCAGGAUGUUGCUUCAGAGUGUGAAGUCAAAUGCAUGCCAACAUUCCAGUUUUUUAAGAAGGGACAAAAGGUGGGUGAAUUUUCUGGAGCCAAUAAGGAAAAGCUUGAAGCCACCAUUAAUGAAUUAGUCUAGUCAUGUUUUCUGAAAACAUAACCAGCAGUGGCUAUUUAAAACUUGUCUUUUUUUUAAUUUACAAAAAAUGUAAAGUAUAAAGACUAUAAAUCCAAUUGCCAUCUGGGUGACAAUAAAUCAUUAAUUCUCACACUUUUUAAAA